AUGUGGUUGGUAUUUGUUGAUAGUGGGAGAGUGAGAGGAGCGGCAAUUGGCAUGAUGGUGGUUGGCGGUGAGUUUCAACUGGAUUUGAGAGGAGUAGUAGCUAGCGUGAUAGAGGCUGAUGGUGAGUUUCCAUUGGAUUUGAGAGGAGCGACAGCUGGAAUGAUGGAGGUUAGUGGGCGGUAUCAGUUGCUCGUGACGCUAGUAGAAUUAGAGAUACAGGGCAGAUUUUUUAUCCUUGCGUUCAGGGAGGUUUUAGCGAAGGCACAAGAUGGGUUCUCUCUCCACUAUCGAGAGACACAGCUUUCCGCAGAGCAUCGGAAUGGAUUCUCUAUUAGGGUUGGAAAGCAGCCGGUGCCUCAUGCUACGAAUCCAAGUGUUUUUGCUAGAAGAGUUUACAAUGGCGGCUCCUUUGCUAUGGUUGUGAACAAGAAACGUGUUGGCAGAAUGAAGCAGGAUGGUGCAGAUGAAGGAAGUCACUGA